UCACACAGUUUGUCCGUUGAUCUGUUAUUGUAAAGCAGCGUUUAAAUAACGGAGCGAAUCGUUCAAUAAAAUAAAUUCAAUAAGGAUUAAAAUGCUGCAAAAUGAUGCAGUGCGCACAUUGCAAUAUGAUAGCGAAAUACGUGUGGCUCAAACAAGCACGGCUAACGAACCAAGAGUUUUUGAUGGACAAAUCAGCAUAACCUCCCAGCCGCGACCAACAACAGAUGCUCCUCGGAUACCUUUGCCCAUUUCAACAGUUGCUGGCAGUCGCACCUUUAUACCCCUGGCUGGCUACGAUUGCCUCGCCGAUUUGCCGUCUGUGCACAUCGAGCAGACUUUUGAGUUGAACGAUUCUCUCACAGCUGUCUCGUCGGAGAAUCGUUAUGUGGUUCGCUCGCCCCUGGGCGAAGCCAUCUUCGCCGCCUCCGAGAGCUCCACGCAGAACAAUCGCAUGAUCUGGGGCUCCGGACGGCCCUUCCAGAUGCACUUGCUCGACAAGACACAUCAGGAGGCUUUGGUGUUCCGCAAGACGCUCGCACUGGGCGCCAUUUGCUGCCAGCCCAAGAACUUGGAGAUUUGGAUUCCGCCAGGCAACGUGCUGGGCCGUGUCGUGCAGUCGCCCACCUUUACGCAGCCCGAGUUCUACAUUGAGGAUGGCAAUACGCAUCAGCCAGUCUUUUGUGUCGAAGGACCCGCGAAUUCCGGCUUCUGCUGCUAUUGUUUGCCCAAGGAAUGCUACUUUAAGAUUCAUUCCGGUGGCGAUCUGCGCGCUUCUAUAGACCACAAAUGGGUGGCCAGCAAAUCGCAAUAUACCACAAAUAUCUAUUUUAGCGAUCAAAAGCUAACCGCCAAGGAGCGUGCCUUAAUACUGGGCUCAGCUUUUCUGCUGGAAUAUAUGUACUUUCAAAAACGUUUUUAAUACUCACUUGGCUAAUGUUGCGGUCACUGCUCGAGUAAUUGGAGUUGUUCAACAUAUUCUUUCUUUCCUUCCUUCUGCCUUUCAACCUGUCAAGAUGCCUAAUAAAA